GACGCGGCGGUCCCAAGAUGGCGUUGCAGCAGAACGCGUUUGAAACGUUUUCCUGAGUAAAAAGGUCUAGAAAACGCGGCCAUGGAUACCUCUGGUGGUCGCCGCCUUGCACUGUCAUCAGAAUGAGUGUUGGCCAGUUAUGCAAGACCUGUGGAGAGGGGCGAGUGCGUCCUUUCCAGUGUUCCUUGGACCAGGCGGUUGUGAGAUGCGACAAUGCAGACUGUGAUUCAUAUUUGGAGAUUCCGCCAUGGGACUGUGUAAUCAAACACACUAUCACUUCUCAUAAAAAGAGGCAAUCAGUCUUUUCUGGUAAUCAGCAUUACAGGGCCUGGAGCUGCAGUAGUAGUGGCACCUUAUCAGACUUCCGAAGCCAAGUGGAAAGUCUUGGGGAGCCCUGUUACUCUAGGACAGACAGGUCACACAAUCUUCUGCCAAAGGAAAACAAAUAUAGGAAGUCAGUCCCCAUUGAUGUCAGCCAUACCUCAGAAACUGAGGAGAACCAUUGGAACACAGACAGCUCUGAUACGUUCUUCAGCCUCUUACAUAAUCUUGACUUGAAAUCUAUACUGCCAGAGACGAGGAACGAAGCCACAUCUGCGCUACUUCUGGAGUCAUGGAUGGAAACAUUUGACUGCAACACCAGUGUUAGCAAUGGUAAGCCAAGUGGCAAAGAUGGUAAUCUUAGCAAAGAACAAGAUCAGACAUUAAUCUGUGAACAAGAGUCUUUUAUUUCACAAACUUUAUCUGAACAUUUAUUUGAAAACCAAAGUGGUAACAGUGAUUGUUUCAAUGGACAGAGCUCUAACAUUUGUCUCAAUAAUAGCAGUUCAGGUGAUAGAUCCAGCCAUGUUAAAGAGGACCAGGCUUUGUGUGACAAGCAAUUCAUGUCACCAGCAGCUUCUGCAGCAAGUGAUGAUAGUGGCUUUGAUGAUGAGGCAAACAAAAUAAAGAGUGUAGUUUUACCAGCUGUGGAGGAGGAAAGCUUUGAGCAGUUGUUGAGAGAACAUCCAGAAACCCCAAAAGAUAAAACAGUUAGAUCAAUCCAUAGUUUCAUGAGUUACAAUUUUGAGGAUCUUCUUUGUGAAGAAAAUAAAGGUCCAGCCCCUCCUGAUGUGCUGAAUUUUAAUGUGCAUCCAGUAAUGGUUACUGUAGAAAAGUGUGGUAAUGUUGAUGAGGUCGAACCUCAGAGAGGAACAGACACAAGUAGUUCUGUAGUGAGAAGUCAAGAUACAGAAGGUGAUGACAAACCUUCCAGAGAUAUAACAAGUGAAUUACAUGAGAAUUUGAACUGCUUUGAAGCCACUUCUGUAGAGGAUUGUGGUACCAGUGCAUCAGAUUCCAGUACUAGUGAAAAAGGAUGUCAUACAAUUCAGUCAGUUCCAGGCAGCCUCUGUAGUAUAGAAGAGAUUAAUGUAGAAGCAAAUGCUGAUCAGCCUUCUAUAAAUACUUUAGAGAGUGAAAAUGUAAGUAGUGAUAUAUCUAGUCAAAACAUAACUGUGUUAACUGCUGAUGCUGUAGAAGAUGUGAGUGAGAAUUGUACUUUUGAGCUUACCACAGAUGGCCUUUCAACUAAUUUUGAUAACAGUAAUGAACAGCACCAUGUUAGGGGUAAACAGAGCAGGGGAAAACACCGGGGCAGAGGCAGAGGGAGGAGAAGAGGUAGGUGUAGGGUCGCUGGCAGAAGCCAAGAGACCCAAAGAAGUGACGAGACUGGAAGAGAACAGAGUGAGGACAGAGCUGAAGAUGGUCUUGCACAGACAAGUAGCAGUAGUGAAGCAAGAGGUAAGGGAAGUCAUCGAGGUCAAGGAAGAGGUACAAGAAAACCAAAGGUAAACCUCAAAGUUGUGCCUCGCCAAACACGUCAGCGCACAGGGACCAUUGAAGUGCAGGCACCAAGAACUAACAAAAGACCAUCAGAUGAAAUUUCUUCAGAUGACCACAGUAGUACUGGUCUUCGCAGCGGUUUGUCAUCCUUGCUCCAAGGGGCAAACCAGUACCGUUAUGAUGACAGAAGAAAGGAGACCCACAAUAUUACAAAUUUGAGUUUUCGCAGUUUGCUGAAGGGUCCUGUUGCUGAAGAUCCAUGGUCGGUACCUGAGUGGCAUCUGGAAGGCCUGGACAUCGAAAUCAUUGUUCAGGGUGUGCGUCGAAAGUCCCAUAAGAAUGAGUCCCGCGAGAGCCCAGACACAGAGAAAGCUCAAAGAACAGAGGACCGAGCUGCCAAAUCAGAAGAUGACAAUGAGAAGAACAUUGAAGAGGAGACAGAUAUGGGAAACGGGAGACCUUGUUCUAGUUUGUCAGCCAGCAGAACAAGUAGGAUGGGUGAUGCUGAAGAGGAACAGGUGCUAAAUGAGGAAUUGCAAGGAGCGAGUGUUCCUGAUAAUAGCAUAAUUGUUAUUCACAAAGGAGAUAGUGCAAUAGAUGGUGGAAAUCAAUCAGGAUACUCGAGUGAGGAAAAAGAAAGAUUUGAAGGAACAGUGAAAAUUGACAAUACAUCCUUUCCCUCAAUUUUAGCAAAUCAUUCUCUGGAGAAUAGUAGUGUUAAUGCUAGGAUUGAAGUGAACAGUCCUAGGUCAUUAGGUGAAAAUGAAUCCAAGCAGGACAGCUACCAGUCACACACUGCCACAGAAUCAUCCAUAUCCAGUUCUCAAAGUGAAAAUCCAAAUGUAUGCACAUCACUACAGAAACUUAAUCUAAAUAUCAUACCGAAAGAGAAUUUGUAUGCUUCUGAAGACUUUGAAAAGGAUCUUGGUUCUUUAAGUGAGCAGCAAGAGUGUAAUACACACAGUGAGAACAAAUUAGAGAGCCAAGCAUUUGAUAUUAGUAAUAGAGUUCUGGUUGUGGAAACUGCGUUGAGCAAGAAUAGUGAAGUUACAAGUGGUGCUAAUAAAGACAAUUCAGAUAUUCUCAGUAAUGAUAAGGAAGAAAGUUACAGUAGUGUAUCAUUAUGUAGUGAGACCCCUGCUACAUCUGGUGACCUUAGUAUUGAUAUGAAUGAAAGUGUUAGAAAGGUAGAGUCCUUGAAUACAACAAUUUUUCCUCCUACAUUAAGAGACACAGUCAAGGAAAAUAAUGAGGAAGCUUCUGGCAUCACUGAAACAACUAAGAAUAACCAAGACAGUAAAAGAACUGAUAAUUGUACACUCUAUGCCAUUAAUAAUUCUGAAAAUAAUGUUAGAGAAAUAGAUGCAUGCAGUGACAAAUUUGAAUACCUUGAAAAUCUUUUGAGAUCAUUUGAAUCAAAUGUUCAGGUUUUAGAGGUAACAGAAAGCAAGAAAUUUGAUGAAAAGGUUGCUUCAGAUUUCCCAAAGACUAAAGAACCCAGUAGCACAGUAUUCAUGGAAAAUUCUGUAAGUAGUACAAACAGCAAACCUAAAUUGCAGUCACGUGAAGCACAGGAAGUUCCUAAUACUGUAAACUUACAUUGUGGUGUUCCUGAACAUCAAAAUAUAACGCAUGUAAAGGCAGUUGCAAGCCCUUCAGAUGAACUGGAGGAUGGUGAUAGAUUACUGCUUUGUGAAGACAAUGAGGAACCCAACUCAUCUCCUCCAGCUGUAGAGAAUUCACCCAGUACCAGUCCUCAUUACUUCAUGGUAUUGCCAGACCAUGGAGAGGUUCGAACAUGGAUGGGGUUUAAGAAAGCGGUGAACUCUGAUGGCCAGAUACCUAUAAAUGAAGCAGAAACAUCAAACACAGAGACAACAGAAAAUAAUAAAGACCUAGAAACAACAGAAAAUAAUAAAGACCUAAAAAGAUCAUCCAAAGAGUUGCCUAGUACAUACUUCAAUACCUUGUUAAAAGAUCUUAACUUUGAUGAAACCUUUUUUCAUUGCCCAGUGAAGGAACAGCCUGAGAGUACAUUUGUUGAACAUCUUUCAAGUUCUCUCUUUUUUGGAGAAACUGCAGAUACUUCUCUUAUACAUCCUGUGCAGGGUGCAUUUUGUCAUACCAAAAGACAGGGUGAUUGUACUAACAAAUCACCCAAUGAAAAGGAGUUUGAGUUGAACAAUAUAUCAGGAGAUAAAGGUAAAGAUUCACAAAAUGUUGAAAUAAAGCAAAGUGUGGCCUGUUUACUUACAAAUAAUAAUGCUAUUGCCAAGCAAAGUGUUUCUGAAACAAAAGCGGUGGUCCUACCUUAUACAAAUAAUGCUAACACUAAGCAAAGUGUUUCUAAAGCAAUGGCUGUUGCCAUUUUAUGUAAAAGCAAUGUUAACACUAUACAAAGUGUGUCCGAGACACUGGCUGUGUCCCCUCUCUUAACAAGUGGUGAUCUUACAUCUUCAAAUAAGCCAAAUGUGAAUGAAAGUUGUUCCAAGCAUAUAAAUGAAGGCCUGUGUAUUUUUGAAGGAGGGGGGGAACUAAAUAAAUCAAAAAGGAAAGGUGAUUUUUGUGAUGGAAGAGUAAUUAACUUACCAUCCAAAUUAGAAUCAGAGAACAUUUUACUCAAUCCCAAGACAAGAAGUUCAAACAAAAGUAAAAUGUUUGAGAUAGUACAACAUUCAAGUGCCUCUUCCCUGUCUGCAAACAAUAUGAAAGCAAGCACAUUUUCAGAAAAGCUUGGUGCCAUGCAGAACUGCAAACUAAAGGAAGUUAGCAAGAAGAGGAAACUAUCAGAUAGUAAACUCGAGGAUACCAAAAGAUCUUUGAAAAACACUAACCAGGCCAGUAUGGAGGGAGUUCAUUCAUUUGAGAAGAAGGAUUUUUUUACAGUUGUUAAAACAGAGCAAAGUGAGACUUUGGAGAAGGUUUGUCUUGAGAAUAACCUUGUUCUCAGUGUAAAAGAAGAGUGUAUUAAUGAAAAUGAUGAAGAGAUGCCCAUUGUCUCAUUAGAUGAUGAUGAUAUUCAAAUAAUUGUCCCAGAAAAGAAAUGUAAAGUGGAGAAAGAUGAUAUCAGUGUACAGUGUGAUAUAAUAAAGAAAGAAAAUAAGGUGGAUGAUUUCUCUGCUGAUAUUGAUUUAAAUUAUGCUGCUCAAAUUGAAGAUGCAGAGCCGAAGAUUAGAGCAGGAAGUUUACCCAUAAAAGGAAGUCUAUCUUCCAAUAACUGUGAUAUAUUACCUGAAAAAAGGGAUUCUUACACUAAUGAGUCCAGUGAAACUGAAGAGGAUAAUUUUCUCACUUGUGGUAUCCUGGAUAACUCCAUUCCACAUGACAAAAAGUGUUACAGCCCAAGAAUGAAAGUGUUUGUAGACUUUGAAGAUAGCUUCGAAGAUGGGGAAGCACCCAGUUCGCUGAAAGUGUAUUAUGGCACAAGGAAAAGAAAAUAUGAAAUUUGCAAGGAUUUGAACAUAGAUUUUGAUCUAAGUGAAAGUCCACAUAAGAACUCUGAUGAACUCACUACUAGUGUCUUAAGCCCAAGUCAUGUGUCACGCACAGAUACAUUCACCUACAAUCCUGGCUUUGGUUGCACAAAAUUUAGUCCACAGCAUGAUGAAACUGAUUCUGUUAAAGAUGAACGUGUGUCAGACUUAGGAGUACAAGAUUUUGAUGACAUCCCAAGUUUUCUAUCUGAUAGCCCAUCAUCAGAAAGUUCUAUAUCACCUAGUUAUUCCAACUCAGUGGAGUAUUUUGGAAAUAUUAAGUCCACUGGAGAUGAUUGGGAAUCCUCAGGUGUAGGUGGUAAAGGGGAUGAAUCCAUUAUCAAAAAUACAAUCAGCAAAAGAGGUAUAAUGUAUCAAGCAAGCUUAGAACCAAAAGCAGAAACUAGUGAAAGUGGAUGGCCAGGAGGAGAGAGUUCAGGGUGUAGUGAAUUUCAUUUGCAAAAUACUCAACUUGAAAACACUUCUAGUGAGUCAUCCUUGACCCUUUCAUUAAGUUCCAGACAGAUUAAUAGAACAGUAUCCAUACAUAAUCUAACACAAACUCCUGAAACAAAGCAAGAAAGUGGGUAUGAUGUUGAUACACCAACAGAAAAGCAGCUAAAGCGAGAUGCCCGGGUCUUGAUACUACCCAGAAAUAACUCUUGUCACAUUCCAAUAGUUCCUGCAGUACCUAUUAAAAAAGCAGUCAGCAAUGAUCUACCCAUUCCCAUGUUAGGCUUUUCAACUUCGUCCUCAGGUACUUCUCCUUAUCAUUCAUUAAACCCAAGUACUACCAGUGUUGCUCUUAAUUCAUUGACUCAUAGCAAUUUGGGUCAGAAUAUUUGCAGUAAAAAUACAGGACUGACACAAGUAGGCCUUGGUCAUCAGGCUCUGUGGCCACCCUUACAUCAUACUCCUAUUCAGGCUCCAGGGAACUUGGUUAAUUCGGAACCAAGUACAUUACCACGUAUCCCAGUAUCUCAGGUAUUUGAUUGUACAAACAACAGCAACAUUUUAGGCUCUCCUCAUGUGCUUGGAAUGGCCAACAGAAAUCCAAACAUUGAUUACAAAAUACCACAGCAGUCUGCAAGACCAAUCAUUGUUCCACCUGCAUUAGCCUCUUCCUACAAAAACGACUUCUUGCAAGAGAGAGAGAUAAGUGAAGCUGUUUCAAAUAGGCAGUCAUCUGAGAGAAUCAUUGCUGUGACGAGACAGACUUCAGCUGGGCCAGUAACACGGUUGCUAAGAGUCAGCACCUUGGCUGAGAGGGGCAGUGAUGCCUUGCAAGAUAAGAGCUUUGAUGGUGAAAGUUCUGGCAGCGAAGUGAUAGACAAAAAGCCAUCUGCUGCAACACACUGUAACAGUGAAGAGAAAAAUCAGGAUCUUCUUCAAAAUAACAUGAUAAAAAAGGUAAAAAUGGGUUCAAAGGGAUCAUUUUAUCUAAGACCUUCUCCUGCACUGAUGAAUGCCAUAGCAGAAUUAAGGAGCAAAGGGAAUUUGCCUGCUGGAAACAGGUCAAAGGUAGACAGAUCCGAUGUCAUUGAAUUGCCUGAUGGUAGACCUAUAUCACCCCCCAUUCACAUUCAGUCAAAAGUCGUUCAGAAGAAGAGGAGGAGAAAGAGGAGACAAAUGGACAUAAGAGAGCGUCAGAUAAAGAGACUGGCAAAGGAGAAAGUACAAGAGACAAUGGAGAGAAGCAAAAUAGAUGAGGAUAUCCCAGAAAUGGUUGCUGUUUGCCUUGGAGGGAAGCUUCACAUUUACCAUAGAAAAGAUGUUCACUGAAAAGGAAUUUUACUUCUGUCUGAAUAACUUUGUUGUAUUUUUUUCUUGAUAGAAAAACAUGUUCACCUUAGAUAAGUUGAUUUAUUGAUUUAUGAAGAGUAUAGUGAGGAGUGAGUAUUGUGAUUGGAAUAAUACAAGAAUUUAUAAUUUUAUUUAGAGGUUAGUGAAGAUUUUUUAAUAAAACGAAAACACUCA